AAAAGCUCGCCCAGUCUAGUUUUCUGUCCGGUGUCGAUAGUAAAGAAGUAAACCACCAACACACAAACUCGACUGUAACAAAGAAGGAAAUAGCUUUGAAGACAUGUUGCUAUUAUACCUGACUACUGUUUCGUGCGUCGUGUUUGGUGACACGGCUAUUUACCCCCUUAUUGCGCCACAACUUGUUCAUCCGCUGGGUUUUACGAAAAAAGUGAGUGCUAUGGCAAAUUUUUGAGAUUCCCAUUUACUUAUACGCCACCUCGUUUCAAUGGACAGUUGUACUUCACUCCGAAGAAGGGUGGAUCCAGGAAGCUAGUGAUGGAUAAGGACGAGGCAAAGGACCCACGCCUCCAAAUUUCCAUUGGCUCAGUUGUACUCACAGAUUUGACAGAAAGAGAUGAGGGAACGUUUUCUGUCUCAGUUGGUGAUGCUAUGCCAUACGAUAUUAUCAAACUGGAAAUUUUGGAUUGUGCUUACAAGGAGUAUAGGAUUUACGGGAACCCAUAUUUCUUUGUUGCUCCUGAACUAACUGAAUACAUAGAAUUCCUUCACUUUCACAGUGAGGACCUGCCGAGGGUCGUGUGGAAUCGCACCGACCCUGAGACCAAUAAGGGAAGCAGAUGGCAGAUGAAGGGUUCUAUCUGGGAGAUUAAGAGCCUCAAUCAGGCAGAUGGCGGCUACUACAACUUCAGAAAAAAAGACAAAACAGUGCUGUCUAGGAUACGGAUUGUAGUAGCAGAGAACAAGAGACGCUUUUAUACAAAUGUGAAUGAACGGCUCGUCAUCGACAAUCCUUCGCUCGAUGCCACAUGGACUGUGACUUUUACACCGGCAGGGGAAGUGGAAAAGAACACAUUGAUGGAAGCAGGCAAUCUGGUCACAGACGAUAGGAGGAUUCAGAUCAUGCCUAAGGGCAUAGAGAUUAAUCCUGUAAAUAUCAUAGACUCUGGCACCUUUGAGUUCAGAGACCAGCAAGGCCACCUGGCCCAGAUUGUGAUAGUGAUGGUAGAAGAUGAACCACCUCCUCCCGUCCUUCAUCCAUAUGUUUAUAUUGCGAUCAUUGGCGGGAUUAUCUUUGCGGUGGUUGUCUGCUGUUGCUGUGUGAAAAAGUGCUGUUGUAGAAACAGCUCUUCCAAAAGGCACGAGUCUGCUCCUGAGACUGCAGCCGCACCUGCUGUGUAUUGCCAUGAUUUGAUUCAACCUGCUGGCCCAAGUUACUCUGUUGCACCUGUGCCAGAUAACUCUUAUCAGCCAAUGAAUUCCCUUGUUUCUGGAGAACCUACAACUACCUCCCUUGAGCCAUCGGUUGAACCUCUAGGAGGGCAGGGAGGCUAUCCAGCUCCUACAUUCGGCUCUGAUUUUCUCUCCUCAGACCCUGUGCCAAAGUUUGAGCUCAAAGGACUGUCCAUUCCCUCUGCACUCCCCCUCGUUUCAGACUCAACUUUCUGUGAUGUUUACACCUCAGAUAAACUCAACUUUCUGUAAGGAGCACACCAUAAAUUCAAGUGAUGCAGAGUAGAAUUUGGGAAUACAGCCAUUUCAGUGUUUCAUUGCGUGAAAAAACAAAGUUCCCGCAAACUUGCAAAGGCGUGGUAAUAGUUGUACAGAAAAGGACCAUGUAUUCCUGUUUCAUAUGGAAUAUAAAUGUGUUUCAUAAACUCAGGUUAUAAUUAAAAUGCAUAAUUUACACUUUAUGCUGCUGCCAAAGCUAUCAAAGAAAGGGGAGAUGAUGUUACAAUGGGACUGAAAGUGAGUCUGGGUAACAGAUUUUACAAAUUGAGGACUUCAAACUGACUUCAACUAGCCUAGAAAUCUAGACGCACCCUAGUGGCAGCAAAUGUAAUUUGCAGCCAGGACCAACAUCUUGAUGUGGGUCUGGCUUGUCAGGCUAGACUUCAACACUCAUGGAGAUCAAAACGCGACAUUCAGCAAUUUAAACCACUGUCACCAGCUUUACUUAUAUAUUCUUUUUCAUAUGGUUGUUUCAAACCCUUAUGCCUUCAGUCUCAUAUAUAGCAACUUGUUUGUGUGGCUUUUAUCAUUACAUUCUAGAAAUUAUAUAUGAUAUUAUUUUUUGUCUUUAUGCUUUGUAUUAAUUUCAAGUACUACAUAAGGAAAUGUCUGUAUGUUUUGAAGAGCUUUUUCCAUAAGCCCUUCUUGCAGCUUUGAUAAACUACCUUGAUCAUUUUGCCAUGAAAUCAAAUUGUAAUAUUUGAUACAAAUACAACAUAUGUAACUAUACUUACUUUUACAUUUUUAUGCCUCCACGCCGACAACAGCAUUGGCCUGAGGCAACUUCACUGUGACAUCUAAAUGAUCUGCAAAAAAACUUUUCUGGUAUUUAUUCAACGCCAUAACUCAGGAGGGGAGAUUGUGACCAUAUUUAACAUUUGGUCCGAUUCCGGGGUGGUGACACUAAUCUCGGGUGCCCACCUUGAACCUAAUUUCAUGUUGGUGGUUAAAGGUAUUGAAAGCCUUUUUUCACAAUCUUUUUCUUAGCAAUGCGUGAACGUGAAUAUACUGUUUACAUCUAAAGUUGGUACUUUUUUGUUGUUUGCCAAAAAAGAUGUGUUUUUCCUGUUGUUUUGAUCUUCUGACUUCUUCAUUUGAAUUGUAAGGGCUUUGAAAUAAUAAAGAUCAUGUCACAUUAUCAGUCAGAGUUCUGACUGUUGAA